AGCUCUGAAUAAAGUGGUGAAGAAACUAGAAAGGAUGUACUUCGAGAAAUACGGUUAUGAAUUUCCCCUCACAGAGGGGAAAAAGAUAGAUCACUUGGUGCAAGAAAAUGAGGGAGGACGAAAAUUGGCCAAUCAGAUAGUUCGGCAAGUAUUCCGACCGCAUGGAAACAAGGAGGAAAAACUUGCGUCUGGCCACAGAGCGUGGUAUGAUUCGCCGGGAAUUGCUGUCGAUGGCUGUCUCCUAACUUACGUGGGACCAGAUGUCUGCGGCAUAUGCAAAAGUGGAAAUCGUAAGAACAUUCACAGUGCCAAGUUCAAGUCUCCCUUUACACCAGAGACACCAAGAUUUGAGGUACUUAUUCAGGAGACUGGGGAAAGGCGUAUUGUGGCACUGGGUGCUGUGCACGAGUCGUACGACUGUCACAAAAUGCCUGGCUGGUAUCGUGGAACAGUCGGUUACCACAUAGACGAUGGUAAAAUAUUUGAAACUGGCUUCCAUGAGCUGGGAAGAGAAGUCGAAGGAGCCAUGGCUUACCGCGGUGAUCUCAUUGCUUGUGAAGUUGAUUUUAGUGGAGUCCCCGAGGGAAAAGUCCCUGUGUUGUUCUCCUUGAACGGUAGAAAAGUAGCGCGUUCUUCAGUGGAGUAUACCGAGGGAAAUAGUUUAUUUCCCUUCGUUUCAUUGGGAUUUGAAGGCAUUACAGUGCUCACCAAGAUGUGCCAUCGUGACAGAGACCGUUUUAGUAGAGUAACAAACGAAGACAUUCGGGAGGAAAUUGGAGAUCUGCGGCGUGAUUUUCAGAAUCAACUUACCGAGCAAAUGAGGAUGUUGUCAGAAAUGAGAAAUUUAGUACUGCGUUUGAAGGAUGUAAAGGAUAAAGAUAAACAAGAAGAAGAUACUAAGAUACUGGCGUGUGACUUAAGUUAAAUCCACAGGUGAUAAUGUCUUACGCGCGGUUUGAUGGAUCGGAUCAAUGAAUGGAUGAAAAUAAAGAAGAUUUUCAUUACCUUAGUAGUCGUUCAAGAACAUUCAUUUAGUUUAAACGCAAUGUAAAUC